GCUGAUGCCGUCUACUCUGGAGGGACAGAUCACAAUGGAGAAGACGCCCAGCUAUUUUGUGACAAACAGCGCGCCGAAGCGGAUCCACUCGAUGGCGAGGGACAUUAAACUAAUCAUAGUCGUCCGCAAUCCAGUGACCAGGGCCAUUUCGGACUAUACUCAGACGCUCUCCAAAAGGCCGGAGAUCCCCACCUUCGAAGUGCUGGCGUUCAAGAACCGAACGCUGGGCCUGAUCGACGCAUCCUGGAGCGCGCUGCGAAUAGGGAUCUACGCACUUCACCUGGAGAGCUGGAUGCAGUAUUUCCCCCUCUCGCAGAUGCACUUUGUCAGUGGAGAGCGGCUUAUCGUUGAUCCGGCCGGCGAGAUGGCAAAGGUGCAGGAUUUCCUGGGACUCAAGCGCAUUGUUACCGACAAACAUUUCUAUUUUAAUAAAACCAAGGGAUUCCCGUGCUUGAAGAAGCCCGAGGACAGCAGUACCCCUCGGUGCCUCGGCAAGUCCAAGGGCAGAACUCACCCCAAAAUAGAGCCCGAAGUCAUUCGCAGACUGCAUAAAUUCUACAAGCCCUUUAAACAUAUGUUCUACCAAAUGACAGGGCAAAACUUUCAGUGGGAACUGGAGGAGGAUGGCAAUUCGCCUGGCUUUCGGGACUAAACCCCAUGCUGCUCUCCGCACCACCAGCCUUCUCAUAGCCGAACCCUCCCCGUCCCUCAUCGUUGCCGUCUCUGAGAAAGUGUGUGUA